CAACCCUUAGUCGAUGAACGAACAGCAGAGACUAAUUUGAAUAGUAACGAAUCUAGUAAUAUGAACGAUAAUAAUGAUAAUACACGUAAUGAUGAUGAUCACGUACAUUCGACAACCACAACUAUACGCAAUAUAACACCUACUAUACAACAAGAGAAGCCACCGGCCCCACCUAGAUUUAACGAACCGUAUUUUAAUAUUAAUGAGUACAAUAACCCAUCAAAAUUUACUUAUUCCCUUUACUUGAUCGUAAUUUAUAUUCAUCUACCAGUGUCUAUCUUUUUUGACGCGAACUCAAUCUACGUUUUAACGAAUUUACUAAAAUUUAAUAAUUGGAUUUGGGCAUUGGUGGUAUAUUGCGUAUCCUUAGCUGCUAUGUGGUUCAUAGUAUUAGUUAGUGAUAUACACUCAUACAGACUCUUUUGGAACCUCCGCCGACCACCAAUUUAUAAAGCUUAUACGACGCCAAAGCUAUUCAAUCUCACUUGCUCAAAAUCUCUACAGCAUUUUAGAUUGCUUUUCAGUAUACGUAAACUCGCAUAUCAAUCUAGUACUCGAGACUUCUUUUUGGAGUACACGCAUCAUCUUCAUAAAAAUUAUCCUAUUAUUCUCACUUGCGUUCCAAGAGCUGCAAUAUCUUUAGCUCUUAUUUUACAAUUUUGGAAUCCUUCUUUCUUACCUAUAAUUGAAAAUGCCUUCUUUGAAAGAGACGCUCAAUUAUCUAGAUACGCACAAGGUGUUUUAAUUACGCAUGUUGUAUGGGUCGGAUUGAGAUUACUCGUAGUUGUUGUGGCGUUUUUAUCUCACUACUCACUCUCUUCUUCUAUGUUUGGUACACCAUUACCAUACGAUGAUAAAGAGGCUUUGAAUUAUGCUCAAGAGAACAACCAUAGUUGGGCAUGGAAGGAAAGAAUGGUUCAUAGGAUCGAGGAAGUUUUCAGGAGAGGUAUUAAUCCAAGCGCACAAGAGAAGCGUUUCAGUUGGAGUAUCCGAGAAAGACCGACGACGUGGACGCCUAAUCAGGUACGCCUUCAGGAUAGACAGAGGCUGAGGAGGUGUUCGAGUAAUUCUGAUUCAGUUAUUGUGACAUCACGGUCUGCACCUGUAGUUCGUAUUACUGAACAUUCACUUGUCCCAACACCAAUCAUGACUGAUGAUAGGAGAGGAAGCGUAGCAACGCGAUCUAAUAGUCUCAAUACGAUGCAACAAGAGGCAGAAUCGGAUGUAACAUCUGCGCAAUCGCGAGAGGAGUCACAGGAAAGUUCGCAAGUGACUCAAGAUAAUAAUUCUUCACAUGAACAAUCACCUACUAAUUCAAUCGGACUUUUUAGUAAUGCAAGCUGGCACACACCUGAGCGUGAGCCAACUGUUGCCAGUCACAGCAGAUCAAAUGGAACAUCACCUCGUGUAGGACCAGCGAGGGAAUCAACGACCAGUAUGUCAAGUGUUGGAGCAUUAGUCAACAACAACAAUGGAAACAGUUUACCUAGAGAUGAAAGUUAUGGUUCACUCCCUGUACCGCCAUUACCAGCCUCUACAUCCGCUGAACCUGCCUUGACCCAGGAGGGUAGUUCUGGCAGUCAAAGUAAUGGUAAUGAUAAUAGUAACACAAAUCACUCCCGUCAGAGUAGCUAUGAAAGAGACUUAAUCGCGAGUGAAAGUCGAGAUGCAUUAGGACCAAUUCAAUCGACUAGUAGAAUGCUUGAUGAUUUCUCAUAUACUCCCGAAAGAGAAGUACAACCAAGUAGUAAUAGUAACAAUAGUGGAUCAUCAUCUGAUUUAUCAAAUCACAGUAAUAACAGUCACAGUUCAAGUUCACUCUCAAGAAUGUCAUCGUUCUUCGCUAGAAAAUUAAAGAAAAAGAGAAGUUCAUCACAGACUGUUUUAGCGCAAUCAAGAGAACCUGGUGAAGGAAAUCAGUAUAAUGUUAAUCAAGAUGGUGUUGAAACAGAGAAUGUUUCACCUCCUCCACCUUAUACACCUACAGUGAGCCACAGUGAGAGUCGCGAAACAAUCGAACAAACUAGUACUAGCCCUGAGGUAGUGCAAAGAAGUCAAUCAAGACAAUCAAGGCAGUCAAGGCAAUCACAAAGAUCAUCUGCUAUACCAAUUGGAUUAGGAUUAAGAGAAGAAGACGAUGAUGCAGAUGAUGAGAAUGAUAGUAGUAACAACAAUAGUGAUGGCAUAGAUUGGAAUACCCUGCGUGUUGAAUCUAAGAGGAGAUUGCAAGAUGAACAAGAACAGCAAAGUGAACGUAGAUAUGAACAAUAAUAAUAAUAUAUCCUAAAUUUAACAAUCAUGGAUGGAAAAAAGUUAAUUUAAAGUACAAC